AAGUUUCCUCAGUGCUUCCGCGCGCGCCGAGCACUCGCGUGCUUCCUCAGGAUGCGCGCUCGCGAAAUUUUAUCAGACCCUUCUGAUAGACAAGUUGUUCCACAACGAUAACGAGCAACGACGCGACGAGAUAGUUCGAUUUAGCGGCGUGAUCAAUCACGGCGCGCGAUUAGCGAAUUUCCACAAUAUGGACCGGGAAUCGAGCGUGUUCGAUAUUUCUAUUCGUUUCAAGUGCAGACAGAGCUUCCUAGACGUAUCAGUACGCGAUUCAAAUAAGGAACUAAUUUCUCUUUAUUGACGUGUUAUUUUGACAGUCGAAUACAUUCAGAUUUCAAAUCAAAACGAACUGAGAGAGUUUCGUUGCGCGGCUCGAGGUAAAUUUAUGUCUCAAAACUUUUAAAAUUCCAAGAAUCAACAUUGGUGAUUCAAAAGAGGAAAUUUAAUUACUAAUCAUUUUAUUCAUGCAAGAGAAAGCCUUUGCGUUUAUUUCAUUAAUUAAGAAAAAAAAGUCAGUGCGCAGAGAAAAAAAUAUGUAUUUCUUAGUUAUUUUUCAAGAAACGUGUUCUUUCAGAGGGUGAAACGUUGCGUGCAAAUCCUCGUUUCCAAAGAGAAGAUGCCUAUUCAUUAGUCGCGUACGCGAAGAUUUUCCUCGACUCAGACUUUUUCGCGUAUGCAAACCGGUGGAGCGAGAUGCUCUCGUCGGCAUGCAACGGGAAAGCGGUUGAGCACGGGCAUUCGUAACAGUCCCGCGAUGUUUCGGGAGCGGUGAUACGUGGGAUCGAGUAAGGUGGAGAGAAGUCCGAGAACUCGGCGACUCCCCGCUGCGAUUGUUUAGCGGUGUGCAUUUCCGGGACCCGGUGAACGCGCGAUCGAUAACUUUAUCGGGAUCGCCGCGACACCGGUGUGUUUCUGAGGGCUGUUGAGAGUGCUCGGGGAGGAAAAAAAGUAUGCAGCUACUCUCCAGCUUCAUGGGUCGGCACACGAAGCGAGGAGCCUCCUUGAAAAAAGGAAAGCGCGAAUCCAUUGGAGGCGGGUAUCUUGUGGGUAAUUGGCCAUAUUCAACGGGGGGUUCGAUCAGACCCCUUAGCGGUACUGUUGGCGGCGGCGGCGGGGCGGCGGGGGGCACCAACAUGACACCCGAAGAUCCCGCACCCGACGAAGAAUUCGCCCACGCCGUCGCGCAAAAAGCACAGAGAGAUGCAGAGGCAAUCCGCACCGCACUGUAUCUCGGGGUGGCACUCGCGAUCACCUGGAUAAUAGGGGCGGCGGGUCUGUCGCUGGCAUGGUUGAUUCUGGUCCUGGCACUGGCAACGACCGUCGUUAAGGCGAGAGCCUCCCGGCUCCUUCAGACGGAAUUGCAACACGAACUGGCCAGGUUACGUAGGAGACGGGCCUUGUACAAAGACGAGACCGCCGAGUGGCUCAGUCUGCUCAUCAACAAGUGGUGGAGAUUCAGCGCUGCCAGCAUAUUUUCCUUGGCGAAAGAACGACUGGAACCCCUCCUUAAUGAAGCCAAACCCGGUAUAUUAGGUCCAUUAGAAUUACGCGAACUCACUCUCGGCGAACAGACGCCGUGCAUCACUCGCGUCAGAACACUCGAUUGCUGCAGCGAUGACGAACUUCCCAAUGGCCACCACUUUGGUCAGACUAAAUUGUCCAUCGAAGCGGACCUACGGCUGGACUGUGAGCAAUUCCGCAUGCUCAUCACCACGCGGUUGUUUGGUAAAGGUGUGGGGAUGGACAUCGACCUGGCGGUGGAGAAGCUAUCGUUGUCCGGCACAAUCAUCGUCAACCUGACACUGAAUGCUUCGGCGCCGUUUCCACAUGCAACCGGACUCAGCGUGAGUUUCCUGGAGAAACCGGACGUCUGGUUCAGCGUAAGAAUCCUACGGGCGGUGCAAAUGAUGGAGAUGCCGCUGAUCAAGACCUGGAUUCACGCGGUGGUAACGGACGCUCUGGCCACUUGGCUGGUCGAUCCGGGGCAUUUGGAGCUGAACCUGAGAGCGCGAGAGCGACCGGGUCCUGGACUAGACUCCGUGACCAAUUUGUUGCCGCAAGGAGUGCUGACCGUUGUUCUGUGCCAGAACGGUUGUUCUACCAACGUCGCUGAUGAAGUGAGAUGGCUUGUGGUAACAGUGGGCGAUCAGAGACGAAUCACCUCAAACUUGAAUUCCACAUGGAGCGAGGAUGUAUCUUUUUUGGUCGGGCCAUUAGAUAACGAGAGAAUCACCAUCAAACUGAAAGCGAAACGUCUCGUUAGUACAAUCACUCUGGCGCAGUUCGAGUUAGCAUUAGGAGUCUACGACUGGGAGAAUUCGCAGAUCGUUGAAACUGUGUUACAACAGAAAAAACCGUCCCGCAAUAGCGCUAACAUUCCGAGCAUCAAUGCGCGAUUAGAGUACACAACUCUGCCGCACUUGGACCCCGAUUUACCGCAGCCAGAACUAAUGGUCGAUAAUAUGCAUCUUGCAGUGUCGCGAGACUCUUGCCACAAAGCGCACAAAGCAGGGGUAUUGGUGGUUUACGUUCAUUCCGCUGAAAAUCUCCACGGCGAUACUGCUCAAUGCAAUCCUUAUUGCAUGCUGUUUAAUAAUCGAAAGAAGGUGAAAACGACGCAUUAUGUUCGCUCGACCACGUCACCUGUUUGGAACUGCAGAGCGCAAUUUUUGGUGCAGGAUUACACGCAAGUGUCGCUGAGCUUCGUUAUUUAUUCGUGGAAUAUAGUAAAAUCAGUGGACACGGACAUGCUUGGACUGGCCAUGCUAACUCUGUCUCAGGACACGACGUGGGUCGUCCGAAAGGAACUCACGCUCAGCGGUUCUAACAUCGCCUCCACCAUGACGGUCUCCGUACUGUUUUAUCCUAUCAAGAGUGUACAACAAGUAGUUAACAGUCGUCGAAGUAGUUUGGUUCCGACCACGCUGGACGACGAACCGAAAAUUAAACGGAACAGUUUGCCAUGGAUGCAACAGGCAAAGUUGCUAUUAACGCACAAGGACGCCGAUCCCGCCUCCUCCGAUAUAUCCAGUCUCCUAUCUACCGGAAGCGGUUUGAUGGAGGUAACGUUACUGCGCGCCAGGGAUCUCGUCGCGAAGGAUCUGAACGGCUUCAGCGAUCCCUUCUGCGAACUGAAGUUGAACAAUGAAACCAAAUACAAGAGCAGCAUAAAGAAGAAGACGCUGAAUCCUUGCUGGGACGAAAGUUCCAUCAUGGGCUUGCCAAAGGCCGGAGAAGCUUUAGAUAUCGUAUUAUGGGAUCAUGAUACUUUCGGCAUGAAGGAUUACCUUGGAAAAGUAUCAUUGACUCUCGACGAUAUCAGAAAGCUGUCAAACAGCGAUCAGUCCCAUUGGUUUUCGCUCAAGGAAACCAAAACGGGAUCUAUAGAGCUGAAAAUUAAGGUCUUGUCGGAAGAAUGCGAGACGCAAAGCACGUACGCAACCAGCAAUAUCAGCGAUAACUCUUCUCGUCUAAACACCGAGCCUGAUUCCUUGUCGAGUAUCGUGCGAAGGCCUUCCAUGGAAAAAUCUAAAAUACGUCUACAUUUAGAUCCAGUUGUACCGCCACCACCUCCGCCGCGUACUGUUACUCUUCUAAAGCCAACUACGUCCAAUCAGUCUGAUAAAAUUAGCAUCACCAGUAAAGAGUCCAACGAAAUGAACGGAACUCCGAGUUUCUGGAUUCCGAAAGUUAUCACGGAGUCAGUCGCGGGUAAUUCCGUCGACGAGGCCGACACUACCAAAAUAAUCGCGGACAGGCGAUCUUCCCAUCACAGUUUGACCCCCAGCCCCGAGCAGAGCUUCGGCAAAAAGUUACCGCAGUACAACAGCUUCCGCAUGAUGAAGCAGAAGGUGAAGAGGGGUUUAAAACUUCGUAGAUUUCGUUCAGAAGUGACUAUAGAAGAUAAAAACGAUAACAAAGGUAUUACGUUGAGUCUGGAACCCAGAGGUGGCGGAGAGGCCGACGCCACGGAGCUCCUAUCGGAAUCCGGUCUGGCUCACGCGGUAUCGCAACCGGACAUGCUGGGUAGGAUAAGGCAGCCCAGUCCGCGAUUAAGAUUAAGGCCAAAUGAUUUAAAAAUUGUCAACGGUACUAGAGAGAAGUAUUCUGGAGUGGAAGGAAAAGUUCUUCAGGCACAAGGUCUUCAUGUAGCGCACAUCGCCCAAUUGUACUGCCGAGUAAAGCUUCAAACGUGUGUCAGUCCGGAUAAAAUUGUCUCGCCUAGCGGCGGUAAGACCAUCGCGAAGUCACGGCUCCUGCCAGCUAUGCCUAAUCCUCAAUUCAGCAUAGAUUUCCAUAUAGAUGGCGACGGUGUGCCUAGGCAAGCGUUGCUAAUAUUUGAAAUCAGGAGCGCCAGCAAGGAAUUGCUGGCCAGUCGACGUAUAACUCUACACGAAUUGCUAGGUGUGUCCGCAGCUACUGAUGAGAUUCACACGUGGUUGGCGUUGAAUAACGGCGCCUCGCUGGAAGUACAAAUCGCUCAUGGAAGAGAGCUUAAGAAUAAGUCGGCAAAAAAGUUGUUUCGCUCUUGGUCGGUUCAUCGGAUAGGGAAAAUAUGAGAUUUAAAGAAACUCAUACGUUAAGAAAUUUAAGCUCGAGAACGUGAAUUCCGUCAGCAUUCAUCGCGUUAACGAGAAAUGGAUAAAAAGAAUUUUUUAUCCAUUCCUUGUUAAUACGAGGAAUUUUUGCAAGCCAAUUAUCUUUUACAAUCUUUUUACAAGCUGUAUAGAAAUAUUUUCACUAUCAUGUCCAACAACUCUAUUAAGACUUCAACAGCAUUCCACACGACAUUCAUUUCAACAUUUUUUGUAUGAUUAUACUAAUAAGAAUUCAUUAUAUAAAAUAUCUUUUGACAAAAUUGUACAAGAUAAAUUAAAGAGAGAUAUAUGUAGAGAUAUAUAUGUACGUUAAGUCCUAAUUUAUGUAUAUUAUAGAUUUUAAAUAUUUGCAAAAUUUAAUACAAGAAAUAUAUUGAGAUAUAUCAAUAAGAAAUAUAUUAAAACUACCAUUCGUUCAUUUGUAAUUUCUGAUAUAUUACAUUUGUACAUUUACAUAUAUUGCUAUUUCAUAUAAUACAAUAUAUAUUAUAACAAUAUAUAUUAUAAAAUGUAAUAAUAUAAUACCGAUAAUAAGUGUAUAUUUUGUAUCACUCAAAUAUAUUAUAUAUAUUAAUAUUAUACAUAUAAUAUUAUAUGUAGAUAUAAAUAUAUUAUCAGAGUUUAAUUCAAAUUGCUUUUAUAUCACACAGUUAUUGAACAUUAUAGAUAUGAAAUUUGUUACAAACUUGCAUAUAUAAGAGAUUAUGACAAAUGAUACACUUGUUUUAGUCUUAUUUCUCGAGAUGUACAUUUUUCAAGUGUAGGCACAUAUAUAAAUCCUAAAUCUGAAAAACUAGCAAUAACAAAGAGACAUUUUUAUUAAAGAAAAAUUAACAAUGAACAAGAAUGUUCUUAACUAAUCUAGAAUUUUUAUGUUCAUGAUUAUAACUCUUUGGAAACAUAUAUAAAUAUAAAUGCAUAUAUUAUAAUCAGUAAAAAAAUAGAGACCUGCUCAUUUAAUGGACUGAAA